UCCUCGCAAGAUUUUGAUCGAGAAACUAUACCUUCAAAGAAGGUGACAGUUAAGGAUUCUUACAAAGAAGAUAAACCCAUGUUUGACUCUCAGGAUGUUGCAUAUAGUAUGGUGGAAGAAUCUCAAUCCAAGGAUUUCAUAUGCACCCCACAACUUAAGGAAUUUGCAGGCACAUCUUCUGGUCUCCCUAGGAUUGAGUUUCUGAGUUCAUAUCAGGAAGGUGCACCCUUACACGGUUCUGAAGAAUAUGAUAGGAACAGCCAGAAGUUCGCUGAACCCAUGAGAUAUAAUAAAUACGAGCAAAGGCCACUUACAGAGCCUGUGAGAGAUUCUGAAGCUACUAGAAGGAAUAUGACAUUAUAUCAGGAAUGGCCAAAGAGUCCAAGCAGAGCUGAGUAUGAGGAUUACCUAUAUGAGGACUUAAAAAGGAUGAUGGCUUCUCAGUCUCGAGUUUGCUAUGAACAUGCAUUGGUUGAUUACGGUCAUAUAGACAUGCCGAAACGAAAUGUUUUGCACCAUGUUAUAGACAAAAUUGAUAAUACAGAUUAUUCUUAUGGAAGUUCGAGAAAGGGCAUUAUAUGGAAUGAUCGCACUUUGCAAAAUCAGAUGAGAACAGACUACAUGGAUAUGUGCAGAUCAUAUGCACCAAUGCGAAAUGGGGAAUAUAUGUGUUCAGAAGACACCCAUGUUGCAUUUGGCAGAAGACUAUCUCAAGACGAUGAAUUGUCACAUUUGAAUGCAUAUCAAAAUCGUCAAUUAUCAAAUUCGAGAUCUGAUUCUGGUUUUGGCAGAGGAGUAGGUCCAGUGUUUCAAAAUGAAAGAGUUGUUAACUCUUCUGCAUCUAAAUAUGACACAGAGCAAUGUAGACCUCAUCUAAGAACAAAGAGGACGGAGAACGAACUUGAUGGGUACUCAGAUAGGAUCCUUAAAAGGAAGUUCCUUAUGGUGGAAGAUGUUGGUAGGCCAAGUUCUAAAACUAAUGUAUCCAGAAAAUUGCAUUCAGCUGGCAACUUUGUAGGUUCAUAUGACAGUGAUGAGCAGAUUGAUGAAGAUAUAAUUGGUUUACAUACAUCUAGGACAAAACAGUAUGGCCACAAUGAAUAUAGAAAGCCUGGAAGGACAUAUGAUGGGCCAGAACUUCAUGGAGAUUCUGAAUUGGAUGACUGGUAUACAUCCGAAGAUACUAUGGCACAUUCACAAAGAGUUCCAAUUAGAUUUUACAAAAAUAUUGGUAAAUAUAUUAAGGGAAAACCUGAACCUGGUUCUCUUAGCUGGCAUACUUCAUAUCACAAUGAAAAAAGAAGUAACCUUCAUAAACAAAACAAAGUUUGGAAGAGAAAUGAAGAUUAUGAUGAGGAUAUAAAUGCAAAUGAUGGUGACACGACUGAAGAUUUAGUGAAUUAUGCAGAGGCUGAGCUGUCUGAGGAUUCAGAAGAAUUUAAGCAUUUGGUACAUGAAGCAUUCUUAAAGUACACUAGAAGAUUAAACUUGAACCAGUCUGUUCGUAAAAGAUACAAGGAGCAAGGACAUGCUGGUAGUUUGUUCUGCAUUGUUUGUGGUAGAAGCUAUUCGAAGGAAUUCAUGGACACUCAACGCCUGGUGACCCAUGCUUUCAUGUCUCACAAGGUGGGGCUGAGAGCAGAGCACUUAGGUCUUCACAAAGCAAUAUGUGUGUUGUUGGGGUGGGACAGCUCCGCUCAACCUCUCCAUCUCCUCUCUUCCACGCACAGCGCUGCACCUUCCCUUUCUACUCAUUCUCGACCUCCUUCUCCGAUGGCCACUGAAGAGAGCCUAAACCCAAAGCCUCCCUCUGCUCACCGACCCCCGCUAAGGAGCCGGAACAAGCCAAGUAAACUCUAA